AAGCAAAAAGGCUGAAGACAAAAAAUAAAAAACCAUAACAUAUAGCUCAAAUUUCAUUUGUUUAGAUAAUAUAUAGAAAGGGGAAGAAACUGAGAAAGCAAAAAUGGCGACUGCACUUAACUGUUGCUUGUCUUCUUCAUGCUUCUCUCUUCAAUCUAAGCUCAAUUCCCUUUCACUUAAAACCAACAUCAACUCUUCUUCUUCUUAUGCUUUCAAGACUCUCAGUUUCUCCAGUAACCUCUCUCACAAUCUCUUCUCCAAAGGGAAUCUGUCUUUUAGUACAGUGACUCCGAAACCAAUUCAUCGUUCUGUUGUUGUUUGUGAGGCUGCACCAAAGAAGAAGGCUGAUUCAGCUGCUAAGAGGGCUCGACAAGCCGAGAAAAGGCGGGUUUACCACAAAGCAAAGAAAUCCGAAGUCAAAACCCGAAUGAGGAAGGUUUUGGAGGCACUGGAUGUGCUGAGGAAGAAGCCUGAUGCAGCAGCCGAAGAAAUCUUCCCGAUUGAGAAGCUGAUUGCCGAGGCUUAUUCGGUGAUCGAUAAAGCAGUGAAGGUGGGAUCACUGCAUAGGAACACUGGAGCUCGUAGAAAGUCGCGGCUUGCUCGGAGAAAGAAGGCCAUAGAGAUCCACCAUGGAUGGUAUGCCCCUGCUCCAGCAGAAAAUGCAGCCUAGAAGAUAAAUAUCAUCGUUUUGAGCCUUUCGAGUUUGUAUCUUAGGCAGGAUCAUCCAAACUGUACCUUCUGCACCAAGGAUGAAAUUGAACAAUUUUCAUUAUAAUUGAUCAUUACUAUUAAUUAAA